ACGUCGUCCCACAUCCCCCCAUCCCCCCAGCCACAGCCGCGCUCCUCGCGUGCCAUCCGUCAUCCUCGCGCUCCGCCCGCCGCUCGCUGCGCUGUUGCCCCUUCAUCCGCACGCUGCGAUCCCUUGAUCCAUCGCGACCCUCCAUCCGUCCACCGCGUUUGAGACACCCGGAUCCGUCGGCUGCAUCAUUGCAUCGCCGCUGGUGAACGCUCAAAGGCGGCUCUGCCACCCCACCCUACCAUGUCGGACGACACGCCCGUUGCCACGUCAGCCGUGCUGAUGUCAGCGUCGCGGCACAUCGCGAAGAGCUGCGGCGCGGAGAAUCGCGCGUUCCUGGAGUGCAAGCGCGCCGAUGAGAACCCCGAGAAGUGUCUGCAGCAGGGGCAGCAGGUCACGGGUUGCGUGCUCACCCUGCUCAAGUCGUUGCAUGGGCAGUGUCCCAAGAGCAUGGAUGCGUAUGUCAAGUGCAUGGACUACUACAGCAGCGAGUUCAGCAUGUGCCGCAAGCAGCAGGAGAGAUUCCUUGCGGAUUGCCCCCUCUGAGACGCGCACAGACAGUGCAUGCUUGGAGAAUGAUGCGACGCAGGCUAACCAUUUCUCUGUGGAGACCCCCUCCAUACAGUAACACUCAUUUCUGUGCAUUGAUGUUUGCGGCUCGGUUGAAUAGAGACCCAAGUUUCCUGAUUGUUCUUGCCUACGUAGUUUUGGGGAAUAAUGAACCCCAACGGUUGCAAGAUGGGAUUGAUGUACCAUCAUUUUCCCGGACGGGAUGAAAUACUGUACGACCACAAUGUCAACCGCC